UCGAGAGGUGGCGGCGGUGGCCGGCUGGGUAGGAAAAUGGCGGCAGCGAGGCUGAGCGGGGGCUGUGGAGGAGGCGGCGGGGAGAACCGCCUGGUGUCGCUGCCCCUCUCCCGGAUCCGGGUGAUCAUGAAGAGCUCGCCGGAGGUCUCCAGCAUCAACCAGGACGCGCUGUUCCUCACCGCGAAGGCCACGGAGCUCUUUGUCCAGUAUUUAGCCACUUACUCCUACAAACAUGGCCGUGGGAAAGAGAAGAGAGCCCUAACCUACAGUGACCUAUCCCAUACAGCAGAGGAAUCUGAAACGUUUCAGUUCCUUGCUGAUAUUUUACCAAAGAAGAUCCUAGCUAGCAAAUACCUGAAAAUGCUUGAAAGAGAGAAGAGGGAUGGAGAGAUGGAGGAAGAUGAUGACGAUGACCAAGAGGAAGAGAGUGAGGAGGAAGAUGCUGAAUCUUAAGGGUGUCAAACAGUUAGCUUUAUAGCUAGUUUCUUCCUGCAGUAUAAAGUAUUGAUUGGCUCCCGGAUUUUUUCCAAGCUAACCCACACUGUUGCGUUGGGGGAAGGGGGGGGUGUUGGGAAUCCAGCAGCUGGAUUUACCUAUCUGUUUGAGAGUUGCUGUCUUGUUUACUUUCAAUUUGAAACAAUUGGAUAUUAGUCUGCUUGAAGGAAGGAAUCCUGCCCUUGGAUAUGGAAAGCCAGGGGAACUGUACAUACAGAUCUUGAGACAGAAUCAGCUCAAAUUAUUUUAAAAUGACUUCUUCAGACAAUCAUUAUCCAAAUAGAAACAGCCUUGUAGGCAACCCUCAGCAUCAAUUCCAAAGGCCCUGGCUCCCUCUGGCUAGAUGAGACUCCUCUUGUAGCUAAUACUUCUGCUUAACCAGUAGGGGUGUGGCACAUACUUUAUCCACAGUUCUUACUCUCUGGCAGCCAAUGAACCAAGCCCGAGAGAGAAUCUCCACCUGUUUUCUAGCAUGCUGUUCGAGCGAUACCUGUGGACCAACCCCACAGAAACUGUAAUAUGGCUACUGUUGUAAUACAGUCUAAAUAACCAAGUCUGCAAGGAAUCUGGAUACAGGGAUAGACCUUUUGCAAUCCCUGGUGUCGCUCUGCAGCUGUAUUGGUGCUAAGAAGUAGAAGUGUUAGCUAAUGAUGUAAAUAUGUAUAUCUAGUUUUCCCACCCACUCACCCAGGGAGGAUUCUACUUUUGUAGUUUACUGUCUGUAGUACUCUACCUACCAACACCUGUUUGAAGUUUAUUAAAUAUAGAUUGCUCUAUGGCAAGAAAAUGAACAGUUUUUACCAUUUGAGUGGGAGACCUGGCAUAUUUUUACUACUAUAAAAAUGGAAAAUGUCCUGUGUGUAUUUUUUAAAAAGUACUUUUUUACAAUAAAUAUUUUUUUUAAAUGUGGAAAUUAAUGCAGAGACCCUU